CGAGACUCUGCCAGGGACUUGGGGUGGCUGAAGAAGGUGAAGGAGAGCCACGGCUCAGUAGAGCACUCGUCGCUAUCACUGGCCAGAGCCAUCAACAGCAGGGGCAUCUAUGUGAUCCAGGUGCCCACUGAGCUCCAGCAGAUCUCCCCAGACACUGCUCUUUAUUUGCUCCUCCCUGAGAGCAGUGCGGAUAGCCAGGAGCAGCGCAGAUGCUCCCUGGAGGAGCUGAAGGAGCUUCUGAACAAGUUGAUGCUCAUGUCUGGCAAGAAAGACCACCACAGUGCCGAGGCGCAGGUGUUCUCCGAG